GAGAUGUUUUGACUGCGAUGAUGUCACUAUGCUGCUGAGUAUGAACCAGGAAACAGAAAAAUCCCCAGGAACCAUUUUCAAAGAGUAAGAGUAGCGGUGGGGAGAAUAGUAUACUGAGGUCAAAGUAAGAGCCAAAGAUGUCACGUAGUGUUUUCCAUUUGAUUUUCGUUUGAAGGCGCCGUGCAUUAAAAAGUCAUAGAGAACCAGAAGACCUUAGUUAACAGAAGAAGGAAGAUGAUGUCGUUGGACAAGAUGCAGAAGACAGUAAACAACCCGGUUAUUCCAUAUACUGGGACUAUCCUUGGUGGCCUUCUGCCCCUAGAGCUAGUGGUUGUGCGUGGGUUUGUUCCAGAAGAUUCAGAUAGGUUCCAGGUAGACUUCCAGUGUGGGAAUAGUGUGAAACCUCGUGCUGAUGUCGCGUUUCAUUUCAACCCUCGGUUUAAAAGAUCUGGUUGCAUUGUUUGCAAUACCCUGCAGCAAGAAAGAUGGGGCUGGGAAGAGAUCACUUAUGAAAUGCCUUUUGAAAAAGGAAAGUCAUUUGAAAUUGUUUUUAUGGUUCUGCUCGAUAAAUUCCAGGUUGCCGUAAAUGAAAAACAUUUACUGCUCUACAAACAUAGGAUAGACCUUGAAAAAAUAGAUACACUUGGGAUAUAUGGAAAAGUGCAAGUCCAGAUGAUUGGAUUUAUUUCAAAUAAUUCGUUGCAGGGCUCUCAGCCAUCCUUGCUAGGGGCAACCAACGAAAAGGCAGGAGAUGAAAAAGUACCUGAAGGAUCACAGUUUGUGGUUCCUUAUGCUGCACGACUUAAUUCUGUUGAGCCUGGGCGAACCAUUGUCAUUAAAGGAGAAGUUAAUGAAAAUCCAAAUAGCUUUUCUAUAAACCUUAAACCCAGUGACACAUCAGAUAUUGCCCUACAUUUGAAUCCCCGAAUAAAAGCUAAAGUUUUUGUGAGGAAUUCCUACCUUCAUGACAGUUGGGGAGAAGAAGAAAGGAGCAUCAGUCGCUUCCCUUUCUGCCCAGGAAUGUAUUUUGAGCUGAUAAUAUUCUGUGAUGCUGUUCAGUACAAAGUUGCUGUGAAUGGUGUGCAUGCCCUGGAGUACAAGCAUCGGUUCAAACAACUUGGCAAGAUUAACAUAGUGGAAAUUGAUGGGGAUAUUCGACUGAUGGAUGUCAGAAGCUGGUAGCCAUGAAGCACAUUCCAUUUGCACAGGGGGGGAAGUCUCUGUUCUGUAACUGGGGAAGAAAGGGAACAGAAAUAACUUUGCUCCAAGGCAUGGAGCUUCACAAAUCUGCUUGUAUCUCAGUAAAAAAAAGCCACAGUAGAUCAUUCACUCUGUAUGUAUCUAUAGAAAUAAGUCUAAAUAUUACAGCUGACAACUAAACCACACCUUGUAUAUGACUAAUGUAAACUGUAACCAUUCUCAAUAUGGAAUGCCAGCUCUACUCAGGAGAUUACCAGUGCUGAGUUCAUACAAAUGACUCAGUAGGCUAUACUAACAUCUUUAAUGAAUCUCUGACCCUGAUUAUUUCAUAACUAAAGGACUGGAAAAUUUUGAAGACCUUCCUAAGGCUCUCACCUUUUUAGAACUUUAUGAAAAGCAUUACAAACAAGAUUCCACUACAUUACAAGGACAUCAGUACCCAUUGGGGGCACUGUGUUGGAUCUCACCAUUUAGUCCUUUGGUGGCCAUGUCUUCCUCCAGUGCAGCAGGGAACACGGAUGGACCAAAUGGGAGGAUGCAACCUACCAUUAUUGGUCUCUUCUUGCUUAUUGCAAUAGCUAUAGAAUUCUCAACAAGAAACUUCCAUGUCUUAUUUCAUAAAAACAUGGCUGUACAUCUAGUUCAGCCAAAACCUACUUGUGAUUUUUUUGGGCAAUUAAUUGUUAAUUAAAAGCAUGUAUUCUCUUUUUCCACCACUGAACUCCCCCACAAAGUCUUUAUACAGCUUUGGAGUGUUCAGAGUUGAAUUUUGACUUCUGUGAAGCUAUGUAGGAAGCUCAUCACUUUAAAAAUGAAACUAAAAUUUUAUAAACUCAA